AUACACUCACCAGACCUUCUCUCUCGCAUAGAAAACAGAGAGACUUGAUCUUUUAGCUCCGUUUGGGAGGGAAAACUCGUAACAUGGUAAAAAUCCAAACCCAUUUAAACACCACCCAUCAAUCUACUUCCAUAAACAACUAGAACCAUUUUGUUGUUGUUCGUAGCCCACACUCAUUCUGGAGAGAAACAAAAUGUUUGCAGCUGAGAAUGGACUCAAAGGAGACCCAAGGCUGCGAGGCAUUUCUGAAGCAAUUCGGGUGGUGCCUCACUUUCCUAAACCAGGGAUAAUGUUUCAAGAUAUAACAACGUUGUUGUUGAAUCAUAAGGCGUUCAAGGACACGGUGGACAUAUUUGUCGAUCGCUACAGAGACAUGGACAUUUCUGUUGUUGCUGGUGUGGAAGCUCGAGGAUUCAUGUUUGGUCCAUCAAUUGCUUUAGCCAUUGGUGCCAAGUUUGUUCCUUUGCGAAAACCCAAAAAGCUGCCGGGUGAAGUAAUUUCUGAAGCCUAUGUGCUGGAGUAUGGAACUGACUGUUUGGAGAUGCAUGUUGGUGCCGUUCAGCCUGGUGAACGGGCUUUGAUAAUUGAUGAUUUGGUAGCUACUGGGGGCACCCUCAGAGCAGCAGUAAGACUUUUGGAACGCAUGGGGGCUGAAGUUGUAGAAUGUGCUUGUGUUAUUGGGUUGCCUGAGGCCAAGGGGCAAUGCAGACUUAAUGGAACGCCUCUUUACAUUCUUGUGGAGCCUCGCGAAUUAGAUAAUUAUUGUUAUGAUUCUAUGUGAUUGAGAGGAUGCUUGGGCUGACUUGGAGCAAAAGAAAUGAUGCUCGAGCAAUUGGUUACCUCUUACCAAGUUUUGAGUCACUAUGUUUAAACAUAGCAAGCCUCAUUUGUAUGAUUCUUUUUUUCUUGUGAUAUGUAUCUUCUUUUAGGCUGCUAUAUGCCGUCAACAGUUUCAAACGAAGCAAGCAUUAGAAAAAAAAAUUUGCAAUAUUUCAAGAAA